ACUGUACAUUAACACAAGACCAGUGAUACCACAUACCACACGAGUCGCAGCAAAUGUUGUUCUCAUUGUCUUCAUCGAUCUCAUUAGGUUCCAGACAAGGUUUGUCACAAUUAGGACAAAAGCAUAUUGGUCGUAUACCAAGUAAAACUUUACACAUAUAACUCUUAUAAAAAAACAACUAAAUUCCGUAAGACAUCUUGCAAAUGUGCUUCAUCAAACUUUAUGAUUUCAACAAAAGGUGGGCCAACUGUAGUCCAGACAACAAAAUAACACUGUUCACAUUCAGUCAUAGCUAGCUGACCUAUGAUCUGUGUAUAGUAUUUGUGAUUCUGUUUCAGUUGAAUUUUCCCAUAAGCUUUUUCCAAGAAGCUACUUUCGUUCCAUGCCUCAAGAACAUUUUGAUUUGUGAUAGAGUAAGGGCAUUUGACCUCUACACAGGCUUUCUUACAACAACUACACAACACCAGUGCAUCAGGACUAGCACCUACAUGCGAUUUGCUAACAAAUAGUCCACAUGAAAUCAUUUUACAAUUGUUAUGCAUUUUGGUAAAUUCUGUGAAAAAACUCUCCUUAGCUGUGUCUUCAUGAUCUGUUCCCCAUUUAGUAGGACUCAGACUGCUGAUAUCUUUUUGAUAAAGCAGGAUUACUAAAAGUGGUGUGAUUUUACAAUUUGCACCUUUACUUUGUGAUUUUGACAAAGUGUUAAAUUUUGUGAAGACCUCGCGAAAUUUAGAAGCAGUUAUGCGUCCUUUUCUUUGUUUAUACCAAGCUGUGGAUUUGGACUGAGAUCUUGUGGAUUUUUCAAGCUCAUGAAGUUGCCUAUCACUGAAGGACAACUUUUCAAAAUAUUUUUGCCACUAAUUCAUCUUCUGGAAGUGAAUCUGUUUCACCAGAAAUACUCUCGGCUAUUUCAGGCAGAGGAUCUUGUACAUCUUCAUCAAGUGCUGGUGCAAAUGAUAUAUUUAGCACUGCAUUUGGCAAUAAAUCUUUCACUUUUGUCAAGAAUGAAGUCUUCUGCUCUUGUGUUACAGUUCGGUCAGCACCAGCAUGUGGGUCGAACGUUUGUUUUUCCUUACUGUCAAUACUGAAAUGUGGUUUUGGCUUCGAUCUGCUGGGAGACUCAAUGUAGAUGUCCUUGACCCUUUUUGCCUCAAUAUCAACAUUGCUCUUGUUAUUCCAAGAGCAUGGAGUGUCAGUACAAGCAGGGUUAGUCAGCCCAUGAGUAUUUGCAUACUCGACUUUAUAUAGAACGGCUAUCAAGUGAUUACAACAAUUCGACAAUCCAGCUGUACAGGAACAGUAACCACUUAAAAUUUUACCACUCUUGUCGCAUAAAAUCCAAACAGAUUUGUGUUCAUCCCUCACUCUUUGGGAUGGAGUUACUGUGCCUGUUAUAAGAACUUUAUCAUCUAUUAAUUCCUUUACACGAAUCUGAUGAACAAAUAGUUACUGUGCCUGUUAUAAGAACUUUAUCAUCUAUUAAUUCCUUUACACGAAUCUGAUGAACAAAUCCACUUUUAAAAUAGGAGUAGGCUUUCUGAUUUUAUACUGACCAACAUACUCAAUUGAGAAAGCUUUGUUAGAAAUAACAUAAGCAAACAUUUUCCCAAGGUCAACUGAUGGCCAUUUAGUCAUGUCAUCUUCCAAAUCAUUCAUUGUAGUAGGAUCGAAUAUAUUUUGACUAUCCAACAGCUUCUUGUACUCUUGCCAAAGUCUUUCCUUGAAUUCUAGCUCCGUCUCUUUGACUGGAGUUCUAUUUUCAUAAGCCACUAAAGCUCUGGCUGCAAGGUCAACGUUCUUGCCAGUGGUAGCUAAACCUCUCAUGAAGGUGGAAUGACCAUCAAAUUUUUUUCAAAGUUUUGAAAAAAUUAAAAAAAUUUUUUUGGUUUUAUAUGAUGCCUAUGUUAUCAAAAUAUACUCCUAUGUCGCUUUCUCCAUGAUUUUAUGCCUAAAAUGUGUUUAUUUUAAGGGGUUUUUACUGGAUAUUCACUCGUUGCUAUGGAAACAAAUUUGUUUACCCUUUGUUUUUUGCCUAUAAAAGCAAAUUUAUUUACAAAAUUUUCCGUAAAAAGUGUGGGGUAUUUAGGGAAGACUGGGCUCUAAUCUAAGCUUUUCCCCAGGCCCCCUACGAAAUGCGCAGACGAAAAAAACAACAUUCUUUCUAACAUUGUGAUCGAGAGUUAUUUUGCGAAAAUAAAAUGAGAAAAUUUUUGCUACACAGAAGCGUAAAAUACGCCAAUUUUGUGGCAAUCGACAUACUAAACGUUCUCGUGUUGAAUAUGAGGGAGAGGAUGAGCCAGUAAUGCAAGAAAAUAACAAAGAAAGCGAGGUUUCUUUGAGUGCUGAUGAGGGCAACGUGGGCGCCAUUCCAGCUGGAAUUUCAGUGUCCUACAGGAAGCUUCAGCCUUGUGUUCGGCAGAAUUCCAGUGAGAAAAGAACCCCUAAACCUUCACGAGAAAGUUCUCAAGGCACUUAUGGAUUCAGGCUUUGUGAUAUGGAACUUAUUGGAAAUGUUUUUUUCCAUAUUAACAUAUUUGUCAGCUUCCCAGAAUGUAUACAACACAAUGGAAGAAAAUAGUAUCAAACGUAAAGGUUGUGCUUCUAAACUCCACCUCACUUGCCAAAACUGCAAAUGGAUGCAUUUGUCUUGGAUUUUAUAACGAAAAACAAAAGAGUUUUAAAGUAAAUUGACGAUUAGUGUAUGGAAUGCGAAUGAUUGGCAAAGGUCAUGCUGGUGCAUCAAAGGUUUGCUCUGUCAUGAACAUGCCACCACCACCUAGACGAAGUCUUUCAAGAAGUCAUCUCGUGUCAUUGCUAAGCAUGCAAAGACAGUUACUAAGAAGAGCAUGAAAGCAGCUGCAAAAGAAGUGUGUGUUUUGCAACAAAAUGAAGAUGUUGAUGGAACAAAUCCUGUAAACUGUGGUAUUUGAUGUGACGGUACCUGGCAACGAAGGGGACAUUCAUCAUGUAACGGGCGUGUUACGGUUAUGUCGAUGGAUACCGGGAAAGUUCUUGAUGUUGAGACACUGAGUCACUGACUACAUUUUGCAAAAGAGGCAAUCAUUGAACUUUUAAAUCUACUGGAUAUUACUCCUGGCAAGUAUACAGAAGUGGCUUGUCAACUUGAAGACAAGUUGAGAGUUUCGCAUGCAGAACACAAAUCCACGCCCGAAGUUAAAAAGAGGCGUAAAGUGAUGAGAGGACUGAAAAAACAAAAGUGUGACAAAAACAAACAGGGGGAGGGAGUAAAGUAUGGUGCUGGAGAGUUCUAUUGACUUUUAGGGACAUGAAGUGUUUUUGGUAGCCAAUUACAUAGUAUGAAAAGUUUAAACUGUAUUUUCUCCAAUAAACAAUUUUCGCAAGGUUUGUAAUCUGCCAACAAUAUAUGAUAUCUCAAAAACAAUUUAACAGAUUUGGCUAAAAUUUUCAGAGGAUGUUUACUUCAUCAAAAGCUAUGCAAUGAACUAGAAUGAAGUCAUUAGGUCAAAUACUUUUUGUGCUAUAAGCAAAAAUUCAUGCUGAUCAUUAAAUUUCAGGCACACAUAUUGUUUCAUUCAGAACUUAGAAACUAUUUAUCUGAUUUAAAAUCUUUUAGUUCAUUGCAUGGGUCUAGUAGUGCUUAUUAUUUUCCCAAUGUUUCAUAGACAAAUCUUAAAUUGCUUUCGAGUUAUCAUGUUUGGCGCAAUGGUCCGCUGCAAGGCGUUUCGAGCUGUUAUCUUGGUAACCAUGGCAACAGCAUAUGUCGAACUCACAUAAAUGUAAAUACUUUUCUAUGGGCUUUCAUAAUAUACCAUUUAAACUUUAUUUCUAGUUUUAAAUAUAAAAAAAUAAAUUUGAGGGUCAUUCCACCUUCAGGAAGUACUCAAGUUCCCCUCUUGACAUCUCCAAAAAAUCUUCAUGGUGUUUUACAGUUGUCAUACUUAUUCCAGAUAAAACCUGAUGUUGAAAAAUGAACGGAUUACGGAUAUCAGCGGGGGCAAUUGAUAAACAAAUCGGCUUACCAAACAUUUAUAACUUGCAUAAACAAAUUAAACAUCGGUAUUCUAUCAAAGAUUACUGAUUAGAUGGUCUAUAAAAACAGCUUGUCAAAUAGAAUAUAAAUGAUGGAAAGACAAUUAACAAAUUAAAAAAUUUCUCACCUUUGAACAAAGUAUAAAUAAUUCAGAAAAAGUUCUCAUAAAUAUUCAUCGCUAAAUUGCCGCCAUUUUGAAUUCUUUGUCCCAAUUACCCAUCAUGCCUAGCGUCAGGUAAACUUCUCUAUAGUGACUGAGUAGGGUGGAGCCGAUUAGUAGUUAGGCUUCAAAUAUAUUUGUACUUAGAUUAUAUAUGCAUUCUUAUAUGUAUUCUUAUUGUAGGCUAAUAGAUUAACUCAUGACAUCAGGUGGCUUAUGAUAGGGAAUCUUGAAUUCUGUUUUAAGCUCACCUCAAAUUACAUUAUAAUUCUAUGCAAUUUGUAAUUUAAUUUGAUGUAUAUUUGGAAAUUGAUUAAAGUUUAAAGUUUAAAAUAUAAGGGAUGAAAGCCAAUUGCUUACACCUACAAGCAAUGUAAGUGUACUUGUUUGUAUUUUAGAUUAGACAGGUUGUUUCACUGACAAUGAAAAAUGUUAUGUUAGAUUAUUAUAACUUUGUUUAAUUAGUCGGGAUUUGCUCGGACAGUACUCGGAAUGAUGCGUGAAUGCAAACGUGAUCAGCAGAUUGUUGAACAUGUUUUUGAAACUUUUUAAGACUAUAUGAGGCUUUAUACUAAGAUUUAUUGUUAUUUAAAUGUCAAGAUAGAAGAGAAAAGAUAUGCUUGGGUCAGAUUUUCAGAUUGUGUUGUUGUUAUUUAUCGAUAUUAAAUAUUAAUCCUGAAAUCCCAAGCAUGUUUUGUGGUAAUAUGUUAGUUCCAUGCCAUCGUCAGUCCACAGGUAUUAAGUAUAUGCAGAAUUGUAUAACUUUUAGUAAAUUGACUUAGCACAUUAUACAUAUGCUUUUUGUGCUUGUUUAUAGAAGAAUGAUAUUUCAACAGAAACUGGUGGUUGUGUUGGUUGUGCAUAUUUAAUAAAAGAAAGAAGAAAAACCUGGAACAAGUACAUAACAUUAAAAGCACAAUAUGAUGCAAUGAUUAAAGUAACACAUUCCAAAGGUACAUAAAUAUUUAUAUCCGGUUUGAUCUAUAUGCACAAAUUUCGGUCUCUUAAUUUGGCAGAAUAUACAGAAUUUUUUGCGAAUGCACUGUUUCUACUAAAUACAAUAUAAUAUUAGUAUGCUUAUGCCCCUGCAGUGCCCCAUAAGACAUGGUGGUUAAUGUGCUAUGUGACAAAUUGUCUGGUAUCAGGGGGGAUUUGGUCCAAACCAUGGGAUUUUGUUAGAUUAGUUGAGGCCCUAACCGAAGACAAUGGGUUAAACAAAAUCCUGCAGUCUCUAAUAAUAAGGAAUGAGGAGAGAACACUUGUAGAAAACUGUUUAAUGCAUGGGGGAAGAUGUUAGAAUAAAGGGAUGUGUUUAUUGUGGGAACACUGGACAUAAAGCAAUGCAAUGUGAGAAAAUGAGACAAGCAAGCAUAAGAAAAUUCAGACAAGAAAGGGGUUAUGUUUCAACUGCACUAUGAAACACCACUGCAUAGCAGAUUGCCCUAUAGCAUGUCAUCAUGCCAACACUGUUCGAUCACUCGUCUAUUGUGAUAAGAGAGCGGGGAACAAACAAAAGUUGACAACAGAUGUGAUGACAAGUGAUGCGAGUGCCCAUGGCCUCAGAAACAAUGUGAAUAGAAAUGUACGACACUGAAGUGAGUUCCUUAGAUGAAAGAUUCAAAAUAAACAUGAAACUCUUGAAAGUCAACAAACAGCUGUUGUUUGUAAAAAAUCCUAACUUCAACCAAUUAAACACCUGUGUGGCAUUACUAUGGACGACGGUAAUGUGAAACCGCAACUUCCCAUACAUCUGUUCCUAGGAAAUGGUGAGUAUGACCAGCAGUAAGCCAUUGAUCGAGGGAGAAGACGGCUCAUAGCAGAGAAAACGAAGUUUGGGUGGGUGAUAAUAAGCCCUCAGAUGGAAUUUAAGCACAGCACAAUGCUUGUGACCCAGACUUAGCAAUCAGACUUUGAUAGGCUGUGCAGAUUGGGUUUUCUCAGGCUGGAGGAUUCCACAGAAAGUGGGAAUACGCCUGACAAAAAUGCAUGCCAAAGCGCUAACGUGCUUCAAUUUCUUUAAUUUUCAUCCUGUUUCUACAAAAUUUCGCAUAGACAUAGAACAUGUCAUUCUUAGAAAUCUUAUGUUUUUUGUUUUUCCAAUUGCUACAUUUUGGCGGGAGAAUGACGUCACAGACUUGCCUCUAAAAAAUUAACAGUUAGCUAUUGUUAAUUUUAUGCACCUAUUCGGUAGCCGACAUCGAGAGAGUCUUAAAACUGAAGUCUGUUUCGAAAAACAACCAUUCCUUGCGAAGAUAUCAUGAUUCAAAUUUCUAAAAAUCGGCCAUUUUCGUCUAUUUUUAGCAAAAAAUGGCUGAUUUUUCGACAUUUGUACCGGUAUAUCUUCGCGAGAAAUAAUCGUAUUUAGAAAUGGAGUUCAGUUUUUUGACUCUCUCAAUGUCGGCUACCGAAUUAGUGCAUAAAAUUAGCAAUAGCUAACUGUUAAUUUUUUAGCAGCAAGUUUGUGACGUCAUUUUCCCGCCAAAAAUGUAGCAAUUCAAAAAACAGAAAACAUACGAUUUCUAAGAAUGACAUGUUCUAUGUCUAUGCGAAAUUUUGUAGAAACAAGAUAAAAAUUAAAGAAAUUGAAGCAUGUUAGCGCUUUGGCAUGCAUUUUUGUCAGGCGUGGAACUUCGCUUUUUGGGGCCUCGCUUUUUAAAUUUUGGGGCCUCACGUUUUCUGAGGGAAUUGAGCUAUUUGGAGCCCUGCACUGGUGCACUGUUUCGGCCCUGUGCUGAAACAGGGAACAAAAAUUUGAAAGAGCAAUUCGAAGAGUGCAGGCCUGCGGCAUAUGCCGUUUCUGCCAUAUGGUUAAUCCGGCACUGUCUUGAAGCACUUUCGCACCCUAAAAAGAUCAUUCCAAUGGGGCUUUAGCAGCAUGCAUUUCUCAUUUUUAUUGGCGUUUACACGUAGACAAACCCGCAAGAGGCCCCUGCCCUCAUGAAAUGCAGACAAAGUAUUUGGGACGUGCCUACCCAUGGUCAGAAUUGGCGUUUUUACGAUGAAAAUGUCCGAUUUUUAAGAUGCACAUGGGCAAGACAGGUGCCAUGGGGUUCGAUACAUGGGGAACUUUGGCUGCAUUCACAAUAUCCAGUUAGGGCUCCUCUCUCAAAUCAACAACUGAAUGGCGUUGCAAAACUAAAUUUCAUCACAACCAGUUUUGCUCUGGCUAUUAGCACCAAUUCAUUAAGCGAAUAUUAAGAGACCAUUAAAACAAUUAAGACACACACAGAGAAUGUUGUGGGAGACGGGUUGCUGCAGAGAAAUGCUCCAAUUAUACUUUAAACUGUGGCCAUGGUGUCACCUCUCACUAUUACAGCAUUAUGAUAUAAUUAUAUGUCCUCAGGGGGUCGUGGUUCCCCCAUGUUGGACUUUAACAAUAGUGUUGAUGAAGGAGUUUGUUGACACUCAAUGGUGUUGAUGAAGGACUUUGUAUAUAACGUUCAUAACAGUCAGAAGACCAGUGACCCAAAGUUUUGAUAAACCAAGAAGGUAAGUUCGUUACAGCACCAAUUCUGUAACUAUGACCUGCAAAGUAUGAGGCAUUGAACCCAGCUUGAGCAAGAAGUUUCUGUGUUUCUAGUGUUAGAGCCUGUUUUGUAAGUGGUUUACCCACAGCAUUUACAAACAGAGGACCUGAUUUUGGUAGUCUUAUGGCUAGAUAUUGUUUCAUAGCCAACACUGGACAAAGAGGUGUGUUUGUUCCUCCAAUGGUUAUUGUGUGCCCCACCCAGAAGGGGUCAGUUUUGGAUUCUUUUAUUUAUAUAAACAUGGCAGCAGUUGGUUGGAUUUCGUUGGAGAAGACAGCAUCUUCUGGGAUGAGGUGA